AUGCCCUUAUUCCGUCAAAUUGUCGUGUUUGUCACACAUGAAAAUACGACCCAAAUCCGGGCAGCUCAAGCUCAGCUUACUUGCUGUAAGCCACCAACGAGCCAUAAGCUUCAGCUGCUUACUAGCCUAGAAUCUUGGGCCAUCCACAAAGAGGUUACAUUUACAAACUCGGACGAAUUGGGAAUGAAAAUACUAGCACUCAUGAAGUAUCUGUUUCGAGCUUUGCAGAAUUUAUUGCUGAGUGGCUUCGCAGAUGAGGCCAAGAAUCCAAUAUCUUGGGUUACACGGCUCAUUCGGUUAUGGGCGCACCUGAACCCAAAAUGA